AUUAUGUUUAAUUACUGAUGGGAGUUCAGAUUAAAAAUUAUAACGAUAAUGAAAACAUCCUAGUUAAAUUUAUUUUUCUGAUUAUUUUUCAUAAUGUUUACGCAAUCUGUUGUAAGAAAGUUUGUUGAAAAAUCGUUACUUAAAAAUAACAAUAAAUUGUUGAAAUUUUUGUGUUAUUCAACCAGUUCAAAUAAUUUUGUACGUCCUGUGUACUAUGAUGCGAAGAAAUUUGAAGAUAAAGUUGCCAUACAGGAUGAUAUUGGACGGCAUACCUUCAGUGAUAUUUAUCAAAAAGCCACAACACUUUCUAAAAAUAUAUCGUCAGCUUUAAACCAAAAAACUGGUGAAAGAGUUUUAUUUCUUUGUCCUAACGAUGUGAGCUACGUGAUUACAUUAUGGGCAAUAUGGAUGUCUGGGCAAAUAGCUGUACCUUUAAGUCCCUUACAUCCAGAUAGUCUACUCCUUUACUAUACAAACGAUACAAACAGCGCUCUUAUAGUGAGUUCUUCGAAUUUUCAACCGCAAAUGGAACAUCUGGCAACAGCGAGUAAAGUACCGCUUUAUGUACUUCCCCAAACCAUAACAGAACCAUCCAAGUUAAAAAGUAACGUAGAAAUAAACGAAGACAUUAUUCCUAAUACAAACGAAGCUAUGAUUUUAUAUACAAGUGGAACAACAGGAAGUCCAAAAGGCGUUGUUCUUACCCAUAAAAACCUACGAGUUCAGGUCGAAACCCUUACUUCAGCCUGGAAAUGGACCUCCAAUGACGUCAUCCUACACACACUUCCUCUACACCACGUCCACGGUACUAUAAACGCCCUGUUCUGCCCUCUAUACGUCGGCGCAACAACUAUAAUGCUCCCCAAGUUCAAUCCUACCAAAAUAUGGAACUAUUUCUUGCAAAACAAGGAAAAAAUCACAGUUUUCAUGGCUGUACCAACAAUCUAUUCAAAACUAAUUGACGAAUACGAGAAUAAUAUUAAAAAUAAACAAAAAGAUGUAAGAAAAGUGCUUGAAAAUGAUGUUAGGUUGAUGGUAAGCGGUUCAGCACCGUUGCCAGCUCCCGUACAUACCAAAUGGUUUGAACUUUCAGGCCACAAACUCCUGGAAAGGUACGGUAUGACUGAAAUAGGAAUGUGUUUAUCGAAUUUGUAUGAUUCCGAUCGAAGUCCUGGCUUUGUGGGAGUUCCUUUACCUUCAGUAAGUGUUGCUCUAGCUGACCAAAACGACGGUACAGUAAUUUUACAGUGUUCUAACCAAAAUGGAAGCUUGGUUUACGAAAAAAACGGUUCAGGAGAUGUAACUGGUGAGCUCUUAGUAAAAGGAGACAGUGUUUUUAAGGAAUACUUCGGUAAACCUGAAGCGACACGAAAAGAAUUCAUUAACGGCUGGUUCAAGACCGGUGAUUUAGCACAGUUCGUCGAAAAAGACCAAAAGUUUCGAAUUCUAGGCAGAAAAAGCGUGGACAUAAUCAAAUCAGGCGGUUACAAGAUCAGUGCCUUACAAAUCGAGACUCUCCUUUUGGAGCACGAAAGAAUUAAAGAAUGCGCGGUUCUCGGAGUGCCCGAUGACGUCUACGGUGAAAGGGUGGGGGUAAUCGUGGUUCCGCAGACUGGAGGGGGUAGUGAGUUUGAUUUGGAGGGUUUGAGGGGUUGGGCCGGUGGUAAAAUGCCCAGGUAUUGGGUGCCUAGCGUUUUGAGGGUUGUUGAAGAGAUACCGAAGAAUGCGAUGGGAAAGGUUAAUAAGAAGGAACUAAUAAAGGUGUUUUUUGAUUAAGA